UUAAUGCUAGACUUUGCAAAGUGUAGUCAUGUCAAUAUAUGGUUCCCUCUCGUGCCACUUGAUUAUUUCCCUUAUAAUAAAGCAUAUUCCUAACUCCAACUUCAGUCCUCACCAUAAUUAAUACACCUUUGUCUUACAAGAAUCUGCAGCCUUUGAUUGUAUUCAUGAUCCCAAAAUCCUGUUAUACUUGAACCAUGGUAUCCAUCAAGAUUCUUUUCUCGUUUGUUUUGGUGUUUCUAGCACACUCUUCACCCCAAUUUGCUUGUUUAUCCAAAACCAUUUCUUUGGCCUCUGCUGCCAGCAUAGUUACUGCUCGUGAUCAAGCUGCAGCUGAGAACGGUGAAGCAAACGCUCUGUUAAAAUGGAAACACAGCUUCAACAACUACAGCCAAGAUCUCUUGUCGACAUGGAGAGGUAAUAGUCCAUGCAAAUGGCAAGGAAUUCGGUGUGACAAUUCCAAGUCAGUCUCCGGCAUAAAUCUUGCAUAUUAUGGACUGAAAGGUACAUUUCACACCCUCAACUUCUCCUCUUUCCCUAACCUCCUCAGCCUAAAUAUCUACAACAACUCCUUUUAUGGGACUAUACCCCCACAAAUUGGUAACAUGUCCAAAGUAAAUGUUUUGAAUUUUUCUUUAAAUUCUUUCCAUGGUUCCAUCCCUCAAGAAAUGUGGUCACUAAGGAGUUUACAUGCUCUUGAUCUUUCCCAAUGUCUUCAACUAAGUGGAGCAAUUCCUAAUUCCAUAGCAAACUUGUCCAACCUGUCAUAUCUAGACUUAAGUACCGCCAAAUUUUCUGGCCACAUUCCUCCAGAGAUUGGGAAGUUGAACAAGUUGGGAUUUCUGCGUAUUGCAGAAAAUAACCUUUUCGGUCACAUUCCUCGAGAAAUUGGAAUGUUGACAAACCUUAAGCUUAUUGAUUUCUCAGCAAAUUCUCUCUCUGGUACUAUCCCUGAAACAAUGAGUAACAUGAGUAAUUUAAAUAAACUUUACCUUGCCAGUAACUCCCUUUUAUCUGGGCCAAUUCCUUCCUCCUUAUGGAACAUGUACAACUUGACAUUGAUCCACCUUUAUGCCAAUAACCUUUCUGGAUCUAUCCCUGCUUCCAUAGAAAACUUGGCCAAACUAGAGGAACUUGCACUGGAUAGCAACCAAAUUUCGGGUUAUAUUCCAACCACAAUUGGAAAUUUGAAAAGACUCAACGACCUUGAUUUAUCCGAGAAUAAUUUCAGUGGCCAUUUGCCACCUCAAAUAUGUUUGGGUGGGUCACUAGCAUUCUUUGCUGCUUUUCACAACCAUUUUACUGGUCCAGUGCCAAAAAGUUUGAAGAACUGCUCUAGUAUUGUUAGACUCAGGCUAGAGGGAAACCAAAUGGAAGGAGAUAUAUCGCAAGAUUUUGGUGUCUAUCCAAAUUUGGAAUAUAUUGAUUUGAGUGACAAUAAAUUUUACGGCCAAAUUUCACCAAACUGGGGGAAGUGCACUAAUCUUGCUACCUUGAAGAUAUCCAACAAUAAUAUUUCAGGUGGCAUACCAAUCGAGCUUGUUGAGGCAACCAAGCUUGGCAAGCUUCACCUUUGUUCAAAUCGCUUGAACGGAAAGCUACCAAAAGAGCUAUGGAAGCUAAAAUCAUUAGUUGAACUCAAGGUCAACAACAAUCAUCUUUCAGAAAACAUUCCAACUGAAAUAGGAUUGUUGCAGAAUCUUCAACAGUUGGAUCUUGCAAAAAACGAGUUUAGUGGCACAAUACCAAAACAAGUUUUGAAGUUACCCAAUUUAAUAGAAUUGAAUUUGAGCAAUAAUAAAAUAAAAGGGAGCAUUCCCUUUGAGUUUAGCCAAUAUCAGUCUCUUGAAUCCCUUGAUCUAAGUGGGAAUUUAUUGAGUGGAACAAUACCAGGUAAGCUUGGAGAGGUGAAGCUAUUGCAAUGGUUGAAUCUCUCUCGCAAUAAUCUUUCAGGAAGUAUUCCAUCCAGUUUUGGUGGCAUGUCAAGUUUGAUUUCGGUGAACAUAUCAUACAACCAGUUAGAAGGGCCACUUCCAGAUAAUGAAGCCUUUCUUAGGGCUCCAUUUGAAUCGUUGAAAAAUAACAAAGGCUUGUGUGGCAACGUCACUGGCUUGAUGCUUUGCCAACCCAAAAGCAUUAAAAAGAGGCAAAAGGGCAUCCUACUGGUAUUAUUUCCUAUCUUGGGUGCCCCUUUAUUAUGUGGGAUGGGGGUUUCAAUGUAUAUUCUUUAUCUAAAAGCAAGAAAGAAAAGAGUCCAGGCUAAAGAUAAGGCACAAUCUGAAGAAGUGUUUUCCCUAUGGAGCCAUGAUGGAAGAAAUAUGUUCGAAAAUAUCAUUGAAGCUACCAACAAUUUCAAUGAUGAGCUUCUCAUUGGAGUCGGAGGACAAGGAUCCGUUUACAAGGUUGAGUUGCGUCCAUCUCAGGUUUAUGCGGUGAAGAAACUUCAUUUGCAACCAGAUGAAGAGAAGCCCAAUUUUAAAGCUUUUAAAAAUGAAAUUCAAGCUUUGACCGAAAUCAGGCACCGUAACAUUAUCAAGCUCUGUGGAUUUUGCUCACAUCCACGGUUCUCACUUUUGGUUUAUAAGUUCUUGGAAGGAGGUAGCUUGGAUCAAAUACUAAGCAAUGACGCAAAAGCAGCUGCAUUUGACUGGAAAAUGAGGGUGAAUGUUGUUAAAGGUGUGGCCAAUGCUUUAUCCUAUAUGCAUCAUGAUUGCUCACCUCCAAUAAUUCAUCGUGAUAUAUCGAGCAAGAAUGUUCUUUUGGAUUCACAAAAUGAAGCACUUAUCUCUGAUUUUGGGACAGCUAAGAUUCUAAAGCCUGGUUCACACACUUGGACCACGUUUGCAUACACCAUUGGGUAUGCAGCUCCAGAGCUUUCCCAGACUAUGGAAGUGACUGAGAAAUAUGAUGUAUUCAGUUUUGGAGUUAUUUGUCUAGAAAUCAUCAUGGGGAAGCAUCCAGGAGAUCUCAUUUCUUCAUUGUUGUCUUCAUCUUCAGCAACAAUAACUGAUAAUUUGUUACUAAUUGAUGUGCUAGACCAAAGACCUCCUCAACCUCUAAAUUCAGUUAUUGGGGAUAUCAUUUUGGUUGCAAGCUUGGCAUUUUCUUGCUUGAGUGAAAAUCCAAGUUCUCGGCCAACCAUGGAUCAAGUGUCUAAAAAUCUUAUGAUGGGAAAAUCACCUUUAGCAGACCAGUUCCCUAUGAUUAGACUUGGACAACUUCUCUAAAGCACUAAACUACUUAAGUAUUUUGUUUUUCUUGUUUUCUUCUUUAUACCUUUUAUCCUUUAUCUUUUGUUGUAAGCUUGUUUGUUUUGUCAUUGAAAUACAUCAUAAGUUACUAGAGCAACUAGAUUUCCCAGUUCAUAAAAUAGGGGAUUGAUUUGGGAGAAUCAAUUGGUAGAAUUUAUUUUGUGGGAAAUCCUCGUGUAGUGAUAGUGUGAGCAUGCAUAUGUACAAGUUAGUACUGGUUUGAAAGAAAGUGAAAAUGAUUGACUUUUUAAUUAGUAACAAGAGAAAAAGAAAGAAUAAAAGGAGCGCUAGCAAUACACUUUGUAAUACA